AUGACUAGUACUACGAUGACGAGUAGUACAACGACUAGUAGUACAACUACUUCGACAACUACCAGUACAACCACAACAACAGGUAUUAUCUGUUGAGUGCACAUAGAAGUAUUAAUUUAAGAUAGAGUGUCUCUCUACUUAUAAAUCAAUACAAAAACUGCAGAGACAUGCUCUAAUUGAUCAUGUUUCUCAUAAUUUCGAACCGGGUGACUUAUCUGUACCGUAUGAUUCUUGACUUCUUCAUUUUUGGUGAACACCUUCAGUCAAGACGUACGAGAUUUCAAUUUUUUAAAACGAUUGAAUCUAUCACUAUCGAGAAUAGCAUAAAGAAAACAUUGUUAUAGAUAUGAGUGAUUAAUUAUCAAAUCAUCAAGAUCAAUACAAUACAUCAGAAAACGAGGUAGCUAAAUCUACCUGAGUAGUUUAUUUUUGAUUUACUGAACAUGACCGAACCUUCAAAUUUCGAUGGACGACUAAAUCAACAGUAAACCAAAUCGAAUGGUUGUUCUACUUGUUGACUAUGCAGCAUAAAUGGUAUACACAUAGUGAUUGCUUACGCCUCACUCCCCAUAGAAAGCCCAAUUUUUCAAAAAAAAAAUCAAAAUUGAGUUCUUGGCAUACGAAGACGCACUGAAGCAUCCUCUUUCCAAGUAUAAGUAGCCUUUUUGCAAAACGGCCAUAUUUUCACGAAUUUAUCGAUAAAAAAACUCAACCCUCUCCCGACUAUCAUGUUUUACGAAAAAUUUCCACCGUUUUCAAAACUUUUUCAGUUUCGAAAAACUAGCGUUGCCAUUUAGAUAUGAUUGAAUAGAAUACUUUUAUAGUGACUACUAGGCACAUACGAAGGCU